AUGCUUUUAACAACUGGUCUCUGGCUAAUCUUCAAAAGAUUAAUGUUCAAGAAUUAUACACUCGACAACGGCAGAGCUUACGUCCCUGGCACAAAACGAUUAGUGGCAAAUAUCGAACAUUAUCAAACCAACUAUGUUAUCGUUAUUAUCAUUCUAUCUAUCUAUUGUGUAAUUACAACACCGUCAUUAUUGUUUGUUCUAUUGGCUAUGGCUGCCGGAUGUUACUUAGUUAAUGUUAAAAAUCGAGAAAAACAAUUAGUUCUGAUGGGACGUCAAAUUCCUCUAACACAACAAUACGUAGCAGUGCUUUGUCUUUGUAUUCCAUUGUUGGUCAUGGUUGGAGCUGGUGCAGCUAUCUUUUGGAUUCUCGGCGCAUCAGUGUUUGUCAUUGCUCUUCAUGCUAUUUUUCACCAAUCACCAAAUCAAGAUGCAUUCGGAUUGCAAUUGGAAGAAGUUUAA